UUUAUGCUCUGUGAAAGAAAAAUAAUCUUUUUGAAUCAGAAAAGUGAUGUAUUUUUCAGUUUCUUCAAAUUUCUGUAAAAUUUUAUGACUAUGCUUCUUUGACAACAAUAUGAUUACGAGGAAUUUAUGACCGUGCAUUACUACUUCAUUCUUUGGCACACAAAAAUUGAAUCAGUUUUAAAAAAUUAAUUUAAAAUUGAUAAGAGUUGAAUGAAAAAAAAAAGCUUUUAAUUACCUUACAUACUAUUUUUUUGCUGAACAUAAAUGGAAUCUUUUCAUAAUCGAUAAAUGACUGAACCUUUUUUUUUCCAUCUUUAUAAAUUACUUCAUAGCAUUUUUUUUUUUUUUGAAAAAUAGUACAGAAUGGACUUUAUAAAAAUGCUAAAAUUGAAUCGCAGUUUGUGCACAAGGAAAGAACACAAAUGUGAUAUAGACAAAAAGUGUUUGCUUAGUUUGUUUUUAUAAUAAAAGUUUGAAAUUAGUGAAAUUUUAAAAAUGUCAGAAACGAUUGUGAUGACCAGUACAAGAAACGCGACUAUAGUACCCUCUGCACCAGGACAAGAUGUCGAUACAGAUAACACUAGAGAAACAUGGGGCAAAAAAGCUGAUUUUUUACUGUCUGUUAUUGGUUUUGCAGUUGAUUUGGCAAAUGUUUGGAGAUUUCCUUACCUUUGUUACAAAAAUGGAGGAGGUGCAUUUUUGGUUCCUUAUACCAUCAUGCUGGCAGUCGGUGGUAUUCCACUCUUCUUCAUGGAACUAGCAUUGGGCCAGUACAACAGAAAAGGUGCCAUUACCUGCUGGGGUAGAAUAGUGCCUCUUCUAAAAGGUGUGGGAUAUGCUGUUGUAUUAAUUUCAUUCUAUGUCGAUUUCUACUAUAAUGUCAUUAUCGCCUGGUCAUUGUACUUCUUCAUUGCGUCCUUCAGUAGUGUCCUGCCUUGGACAACAUGCGACAACCCGUGGAACACCCCACUAUGUCGCGAGUUGCCGCCACUCAAUGCCUCUCGUUCGGUCAACGAAAGCACAACUGUUUCCGGCAUUCUUCACAACGAACACAUAAGAACUUCCCCCGCUGAAGAAUAUUUCAACCGAGCUGUUUUAGAAUUGAGUGAAAGUCCUGGAAUAGAUGACUUGGGGCACGUCAAGUGGGAGAUGUGUUUGUGCUUGAUUGCUGUCUACCUCAUUUGUUACUUCAGCUUAUGGAAAGGAAUCAGCACUUCUGGUAAAGUUGUUUGGUUCACAGCAUUGUUUCCAUACGUCGUUUUAUUUGUGCUGUUAAUUAGAGGUUGCACCUUACCUGGCGCAGUUGAUGGAAUUAGAUUUUAUUUGACUCCGAAUUUCUCAGCUUUAGCAGACGCAAAUGUGUGGGUGGAUGCGGCAACACAGGUAUUCUUUUCCCUCGGUCCUGGUUUCGGAGUACUUUUAGCCUAUGCAAGCUACAACGAAUUUCACAACAAUGUGUACAGGGACGCAUUGCUGACGAGUGCUGUUAAUAGCGCAACAAGUCUGCUGUCGGGGUUCGUAAUAUUUUCAGUUCUUGGUUAUAUGGCUCACAGAGCAAAUGUAGAAGUCAAGGAUGUGGCUACAGAAGGUCCUGGCUUAGUGUUUAUAGUAUAUCCAGAGGCCUUGGCCACAAUGCCUGGGUCUUCAUUUUGGUCAGUUAUGUUCUUCCUAAUGCUACUUACGCUUGGACUCGAUAGUUCAUUUGGUGGGUCUGAAGCUAUUAUUACGGCAGUAAGCGACGAAUACCCUUUUCUGAAGAAAAACAGAGAAUUAUUCGUCGCUGGUCUCUUCUCAUUUUAUUUUCUUGUGGGCCUUCCAAGCUGUACGCAGGGUGGAGCCUAUAUUGUUCAAUUGUUAGAUCGAUAUGCAGCUGGCUAUUCCAUUCUAUUUGCUGUUUUCUUCGAAGCCAUUGCUGUUUCUUGGAUUUAUGGAAUUGGCCGAUUCUCGGGCGACAUAAAGGAAAUGCUAGGCUUCGAAGUGGGAAAAUGGUGGAAAUUCUGUUGGUUUUUUAUAGCUCCUGUAUUUUUAAUGCUGAUCAUAGUGUAUGGCCUCAUUGAUUACGAACCUCUCAGUUAUGAACAUUACGUCUAUCCUGUAUGGGCCAACAUUUUUGGAUGGUGCAUAGCAGCGUCUUCAGUCCUCUGUAUUCCAAUUGUUGCAAUCUUUCAGAUGCUGAAAACACCUGGAACCUUCAUGCAAAGGUUAAGGAAAUUACUAAAGCCUUACCGAGAUACUCACCGUGAGGAAAUAAGAAUGGUUGACGGCGUCUCUGCAGCAGCUGAAAGAUUGUGAUUGAUGUUGUUAUUUUAUUCAAACUUCAUGUAAUCAUAAAACAAUUUAAAUGUAUAUAAUACAAAAUAAAAUCAUACUGCCUGA